GUGGGUUCCAGCGCUAGGAUGGAUCAGGGGCCCCGGGAGCCGGGCAUGUGGCCCUUGGCUCCGUUCCUGGGUCCGCUCUUGGCCCUCCUGGCCAGCUCGGCCGUGCUGCUGGUCACUGCGCUCACUGUCAGACACAUCCUGAAACAGCGGAGACCCCGGGGCUUCCCUCCCGGCCCGCCUCGACUGCCCCUGAUCGGGAACAUCCUGGCCCUCGUGUCCUGUCCGCACGGAUACAUGAAGGAUCAAAGUAAGAUCCAUGGAGAGAUAUUCAGUCUGGACUUGGGUGGGAUUUCUGCAGUUGUCGUAAAUGGAUAUGAUGCUAUGAAGGAGUGCUUGGUGCGCCAGAGUGACGUAUUUGCAGAUCGCCCGUCUCUUCCUUUGUUUCACAAGUUGACUAAAAUGGGAGGCCUUCUAAAUGCUAAAUAUGGCCGUUGUUGGACUGAACAUCGGAAGUUGGCCGUGAGCUGUUUCCGAACUUUUGGAUUUGGCCAGAAAUCGUUUGAGAACAAGAUCAGGGAAGAAACCUCAUUCUUUUUGGAUGUGGUGGACACUUAUAAAGGCAAAGAAUUUGAUCCUAAACACCUUGUAACUAUUGCCGUGUCUAAUGUUUCAAACCUGAUCAUAUUUGGGGAACGAUUCAGAUAUGACGACAAUGACUUCCUGCACAUGAUUGAAAUAUUCAGUGAGAACAUAGAGUUGGCCACGAGCGCCUGGGUCUUUCUCUACAACGCCUUUCCUUUAAUAGGGAUUCUGCCGUUUGGAAAACACCAGCAGCUCUUCCGCAAUGCAGCUGAAGUAUAUGACUUCCUCUUCAGAAUUAUCGAGAGGUUCUCUGCCAACCGGAAACCACAGUUACCACGCCACUUCAUUGAUGCAUACUUUGACGAGAUGGAAAAGAACCAGGCUGAUCCAGAAAGCUCCUACUCCACAGAGAAUUUGAUAUUUUCGGUCGGAGAGCUAAUCAUUGCUGGGACAGAAACCACCACCAACGUCCUAAGAUGGGCUAUAUUGUUUAUGGCUUUGUAUCCCAAUAUUCAAGGUCAGGUUCAGAAAGAAAUCGAUUUUGUUGUAGGUCCAAACAGAAUCCCAACAUUUGAGGAGAAAUCUCAAAUGCCGUAUACGGAGGCUGUGCUCCAUGAGAUUUUAAGAUUCUGCAACAUUGCACCCCUGGGAAUCUUUCAUGCCACAUCCAGGGACACUGUUGUCCGAGGUUAUUCCAUCCCAGAGGGCACCACUGUCAUCACCAAUCUCUACUCUGUGCAUUUCGAUGAAAAGUAUUGGGUUGAUCCUGAAAUCUUUUACCCUGAGAGAUUCCUGGAUAGCAGUGGCCAGUUCAUUAAGAAAGAGGCAUUUGUUCCAUUUUCAUUAGGUAGAAGACAUUGCCUCGGGGAGCAGUUAGCCAGGAUGGAGAUGUACCUCUUUUUUACUUCACUGCUGCAGCGAUUUCACUUACGUUUUCCACACGGCUAUGUACCAAAUCUGAAACCAAAAUUGGGAAUGACCCUGCAGCCAUAUCCAUACCUCCUUUGUGCCGAAAGACGGUAGACUUUAGAAAUAAACCUCGGAAAAUCACGAGGAGUCUGCCUCUAACAUAUAUUUUCCCAAUCUAUCCUUUAUGUGAUCCAGCUUCAGUCAUGUCAUUGGAACCAACAGGUGAAGCUCUUGAAUCCUAAGUGACAUGUAGAUGGUCCAACUGGUUUAAAUCUGCCUUUAAGUUUAUGCACUGGUUGUAUAUUCUCACGUUAAGAGAGGCGAUAGCUGUCAGACAAAUGCUGAGAAUAUAUUAAAAUUGGCAUCGCACUAGGUAAAGAAUUCUCUUGAAAUCUCUUGGUAAAUAUCCAGAAUGGAAAAAAUCCCCCAUACCAUGAAAAAAAAUGAGCAGGGAGUCACUGGGCUGUCUGUCUUCAUAAUUAACUCUUUCAGUUCUUAUUAUAAAGAAAUUAGAACUGCCAUAAAGUGCAGAGGGUUCUUUACCCAUUGCUUGAAUUGCAGCUUUUACCAGAGCUAUAAAAUCAAUGGGAAGAGGGGACCAUAUAUUUACUAUUUAAUAUAUAUAAUAUAAAGCUAUUGUGGAUCUGCACUCUAGGGUCAAAAAGAAUGACGCCUAUGCUUAUCUAGCAGAAUAUUAAAAAGAUCAAAACUUCAGGAUUUUGUCAAAUUUAAAACUUAAACUUUUAUUUAAACCUGUUGAAAAUGUCAACAUUUCAAUUUCUAAGCAAACCUUUCAUCAGGAUCUCAGGAGCAGAAACAAUUUACUUUUAUUCAAAGCUGUCCCAAAAUGUCAAGUGUUAAUUUCCCUGAAGUCUGGGAGAGGAGUGUAUGCAUGUUCCCCCUCCUCCCAUCCCUGCUCUCCAAAUGAGUACCUCUGCAAGGUCUGAUUCCUAGCUGCUAUCAGGGUCCCUGGAAUGCUUUCAGCCACAGUCGCUGAAGCUUGACUGGGGUCUCUGAGUACCUCUUCCACCGGACGGACCUGGCUGCAAUGAAUAUAGCACUGAAGACCCUCUCUCCUGUAGAGUAGUGAUUAUAGCUUUACUAUAACUUUUCCCCCACAUAUUCGACAAGUCCUAGUGCAAUCUUUAUUGCAUGCACACAGCUAUUUCUAUAUUGACUCUUUUUCAGGGGGUCUUUCAUACAAUACAAUAUACUGUACACUUGUCUGGUGCUAAUCUGUUUGGUGCUAUUCUGGCUGGGGACUUAAUUACAUUAUCCCCAGGCUAACACAAUAAUUUCUCUGCUGUACCCUUUACAGUCUUUGCGGAACAUAGUACAACAUGUCCACCAGGACCCACUUUCCUUUGACCAUGCCAUCACACUGUGUGUGUGUGUGUGUAUAUAAUAUCAAUGUCUCUCCCUGGAAUGCUUAUUCCUGAGUGCCCUCACUUCCCAAGUAGCGUCCUGAUCGGAGAAUCGCCUCCUGAGAUACAAAGUGUUAAAUUGUUAGUGUUGCGGCUAUUCUCUGAUAUGGCAACGACUUCCAGGUGUGUGGUGGCUUAGUCUCGGUCUCCAAAAAGGGGUUUGAAAGAGAGCGCUCAAGCCCCCGGUAUCCUCCGGUGCUUCCUUGGUCAGAGGACCAAGCAAUACCUGCUUAAAUAUUGACCGGACCGCCUGACCCAAGGCAUCUCUCAGUCAGGCCCUCGAAAUGUAAAAUGAGUCCAGUCAAUCCCCAGAAGUUUUCAAGUCUGUCUGGGAAGCACAAUAAGCUUGUCUCCAGGAUGAGGGGCCAAUCCAAUAGUCCUCAUAGAGCACCAUGAUGUGCGAUUCAAUGAGUCUCUAUGGCAAACCGUAACGACACUGUGCAUGCACUCAUGGCAUUAUGGUAUGAGCUAGGAAGUAAGAUUAUGUGCUCUCAUACCCAGAAGGCUUGGAGGUGGGGCUUGAAGCCACACUACCACACCUUCUAAUUAGUGAAAUAAAGGGUUUGGGAGUUGGACUACAGGCACGUUAAAUUCAAAAAGAAGUGGUGUCUUCAGUGUUCCUUUUAAUGUCUUCAAAAUCUAGCAUAGGACCCUAUUCGACCAUUAGUCAAGGUCUACAUGUGGUUAGACCUUAUAAUAAACAAAACAAAAUUAUAUAUAAUCUCAAAAGUGUACCCCAAAUAGAGGGGAACACCACUACAGGAAUAGCCUUUUAAAAGUAAAUAAAGUGUACAUAAAAGUUUAAUUAUCUUUUAUUUAUACAUUU